AUGUUUGCGCAUAGCCGGCAGGACUCACGGCAGUGGAAGUCUUCCUCGUCCUGGGCGCAGCGCUUGUUCAGACGAGAGCCAGUUGUGCUGCAGUUGCCGGCCGUUCAUCCGAGGCGCAAUGCGCCGCGUCUGAGCAAGGCGCGUAUGCUGUUGCUGGCGACUCUGGCGCUCUUGUGCAUUGCAGUUAUUGCGAUACUCAAGACGGGGUAUGAGUGGACGCGUGCGAUCCCCUUCGUCUCGACAGGACCUUUGGUCGACUAUACUCCCGAACAGCUGCGGGAACUAUGGCAGUGGGAGGUCAAUGCUGGUCACUAUCCGAGCAGGAGACCAGUACCGAAGGAGGUUGGGCUGAGCGCGCGCCCUCAUAAUCCCAGUAUACCCUCGCGCAGCCGGAUACCCAGCAAAUACAAGGCCCUCACCGAGGAGUCACUUGGAACGCCAACAGAAGGCAUCGGCAGCGAGCGCGUCUACCUCGAUGCCUUCGCGCACAACGCGUCAUGGCCCCCGCGGCCUCCAAUGGGCGCGAUCGCCGACCUCGACGCAGUGCUCGCCCACUGCGACUACAACGCAGGCAAAUACGUGCGCGACUGCCUCAAGGUGCUCCGGCGCGGCGCGGGCCUCGACGUCGGGCGGCGCGUGCGGCAGGGCGCGCUGGAAGAGUGGAAGUACGUGUAUGUGGAGACGGGGAAGGCGGUGCUGAACCUGACGGGCGCGACGUAUGCGGAGGCGCAGCGGAGUGCGGAGCUGGAGCAUGAAGAGCUUAGGCGGCUGUCUGCGAAGCCGAUCGUGCCUCCCAUUGACCACCCGUCGCCCGUUCCGAGCUGCGACUCCGACCACCCGCGACUCUUUCACGUCUUCUGGGCACUUCCCUUCACGGACAAGCCCUACGUGCUGUUGUUGUCCUUUCUCUACACGCAGAACACGUCCCGCGAGGCUUGCCGACCACGACUGUGGGUUUGGGUCAACGCACCCAACAUCUCCAAUGAGGCGCAGCUGGAGGCCCAUAUACGCAACAGCCCGUGGGCAGCACCAUUCCUGGACCCUCGCUUCCGAGACGUGAUCCAAUUCAAGCUAUGGCAAACGGCUGAACAGCUGGACUCGUUGGACGAACUGAAGGACCGCUGGAGAGACGUUAGCGUCAUCCGUUCGGAGGGCAAAGUAGUGGCGUCAGGCGACCACGCUACCCUCGAAGGCAUGUCCGUGAUUCUUUCGGACCUGGUGCGCUUCGUCGUCUGCCACCGCUUUGGUGGCGUGUACCUGGACGCGGACUCGGUGCUGCUGCGAGACUGGGAGGAACUGUGGGGAUGGAAGGGCGCGUUUGCGUACCAAUGGUCGCGGUUCCCGCGAUAUAACACGGCGGUAACGAAGCUUGGGCGGCAGACUCAGCUUGGUUCGUUCAUCCUUCGGACAGCGCUGCGAAAUGGGCUCGACUUCCACCCCAUUACGAUCAGCAAGUACAUGAAGGAGGCCAACUUGGAGCCUCUGUACACGCGGCUGCCAGAUGCCCUAUUCGACUCUGCAUGGCUGAACACGGAUGGCUUCCAGAGGGAUCGACCGCCACAACCGUACUUCGAGAGCUAUAGCGAGUUCUUCGACACUACGAUCGGCGAGUCAGAAGCACUUGGCUUCGAGGGAUUCUUCCAGGGCGCUUUCUCCCACCACUAUCAUAAUCAAUGGCAUAAGCCCUUCGACAAGGUCCGCAAUUGGCCCGAGCUCGGGGCGCGGUUCUUCAAGGGAGAGAGGCAGUUGCGGCAGGCGGCUAGAAUCUCGCCAGGACGUGAGCUGGAUGGGGACGCGGCAGCAGAUUUGAGUUGGUCAGCGGUCUUGAAGCGUACGUUCGAGUCGUAUGUACGCGGCGAGAGACCCAAUAUGUAUGGCGAAUGGAUUGUUUGGUGA